AUGUCGGCCUCCUCCAAGGAGCAGAACCUGACAGCAGCGCCUCCUGCGCAGCCGAGGCAGCCCAAGUGUGCCAGAUGCCGAAACCACGGGAUCCUCGUCCCGCAGAAGGGCCACAUGAGACACUGCCCGUUCGUGAGCUGCUCCUGCUGGAAGUGCUGCCUGAUAACACAGCGGACCAAGAUAAUGGCUCUUCAGAGGAACUUGAGGAGAUCUGCAAUAGGGGGACAGCCCUGCCUCGAUGCCCGUGCCGGUGGGAUGAGACCCGAGGGCAGUAGGAGGUUGUGCACCCUGACCCCGGACGCAAGCCCAGCCGAGGAUGACGGCCCCCCUCAGUCGGCCACACCUGCACGGAUGUAUCCUCAGUCGGGAGCGGGAGCGGGAGCAGAUAGGGAAAGCUAUUCUGAGCCCCGGUGUGUGACAACUCAACACACGCCCAGGGCCGCGGGACCCAGCGGCCACCCGCACCUCCAGAUAAGCCCCGCCGCAGGAGGAGAGCAUGUGGCCGGCGUGGAUGACAGACAGGACCGGCCUGUGGAGUCCAGGGAGCACUGGAGCAGAUACCCAGUCGGGCCUCCGGGAAUAAGAGAUCCCCCUUACUUCACUGAGUUGGGGCCGAACAAGGUGUACAGUUCAGGGGUUCUGGCUGUGCCUGCCAUGGAGCUUCCCUUCAGGGGUUUUCCUCCUUACCCCAGCAGCUCUGCCCCCCACCAGGCCAUGCUGGUGAACAUGCCAGCCAUACCACCCAGGCUUUACAAGGAUGGGCCCCCCGGAUCCCUCGUCUUCCCCCACAUCCAGUGGGGUGCAGCACAUUACACAUCCCCGCCAGAGCUUGGACCUCCUGUUGACUGCAGAGGGCUGUUUCUCACCCCUCUCUCACCUGUGGCCGGAGCUCUGUCAGGCAGAGCUGAGGAUGAGGCAGCAGCCUCCGUUGCCCUGGGACAGGGAGCACAGAGCAGAUACCUGAGAGACGCAGAUGGAAAAUCCCCGGGGAACAGCCAUCCCUGAGUUUAACUGAGAUCAGCCAUUUAUGUUGUUUUAAACUCUUGUUUAAAUUAAAUUAAAUGAUGAUUUGUACUUCAUAUAUUCAUAAAUGUUGUGGACCUACACCCAGUUAUUUUCAUUUUAUAGUUAACUCAUUUUAUGUUCACGGUUUAAUACUAUUGGUAUGUUCUCUUUUGUUCAAAAAAAACACUGCACUUUUUUAUGUGUAGGCAAUUUGUUGUACUCAGGUUGUAU